AUGCCGGGCAUCCUAGCAGCACUAAGCAUCAACAGGACUCAACUCACAAUCCUGAAUGUGGUCUCCAAGAACGACUACAGUGUCAACAUCCCCAUGCUGGGUUGUGUCAGCAAUUUUAGCAUAAUUAAGGUCUUGGAUGGAGAAGAAGCCGCAUCAAUGAUAGCGCAGUAUUUGUUUCACCGUUUGGUCGUCCGCAAGAAUUUAAGUAACGAAAAGUCCGCUACAUCGCCUAAAGUGUUCUUCAGUUGCACACAGACACUUGUGUCAUCAGUCCAGACCUUCACGGCUCCCGAGUACCACGAGCUUCGCUCAGACUUCAAUCGCAUCAAGGAACAACGCAUCAUGGAUCAAGCAGCGUUGCGAGAUGUGCGUCAAGCAGAGAGAAGCAAGUUACCUGGAAGCUCGAUUCAGCAUCACAAACCCUGGCAGACAUUUAAUCGCUACCGCUCGGUCGAUCCCUCUACUCCGCAGAACAAAGAGGCAGUGACAGUCGAAGACACGGAGAUGACAGCAGCGCAACCCAGCUCGUCUCAAAAAGAGACCCCUAAAUACCGGUCACGAUAUUCCGUCAAAGUGCGCACUCGAAAAAUAGAGCACGAGCCGCCAGAGAGUAUGAAGCAGUACGCAUGGAAGCCUUGGAAGAAGCCGCCGGAGAGCCCAUCUGGUCACAAUACCGAUACUUCUCAACAGAAGAAUACGAACAAGAACAGCAGCAACAAAUGUAACGAAAAGAAGGACAACUACAACGGAAACAAGGACAGACACAAGGGCAAACCAGUCAAGCCAGUAGUGGACAUGGGCAUGGACAGGAAAGAACUUAGAGAGCUCUGGCAUGGGAACAUUUCACAGUAA